AUGGCGGAGGCGUCGGGCGACGGGAGCAUGCAAGACAGGAUCAGCGCCCUCCCGGACGAGCUCCUCAUCCAUGUUCUCUCCCAUCUGCGCUCACGCGAAGCUGUGCAGACAUGCGUGCUGGCACGGCGCUGGCGGGACCUCUGGCAGUGGGUGCCCUGCAUCGACGUGUCUUUCAAGGAAUUCGCAGACGUGCCGUAUGAAGAUGAUGAUGAAGACGACUUUGAGUUCAAGAAGUUCGUCAACCGUUUGCUGAUGCUCCGUAGACCCGUUGACCUGGAGGCGUUCCGGCUCGAGUACAGGUUGCCGACCGACACCGAGUACCCUGAAGAUGACUCCGCCGAUGCCAACCUAUGGAUCGCCCAUGCGUUACAGUACAAGGCUCAGGCUGUCAAGGUUGUAGAUUACAACGAUCGUUUGCAUGUCGCUCCUGCGGUAUUCACUUCAGCGUACUUGAAAAGACUGCACAUCUGCCAUGCUUUUCUGCUCCAAGGUUUCUUUAAGCACCUCGACAUGGGCUGCCCAGUAUUGGAGGAUCUAUUCGUAUCGAAUACCAGCAUUCAGCACCGUGAUAUUUUCUCCAAUACACUGAAGUAUUUGACCCUCACUGAUGACAUUAUCCACGGACCUGAGCAUGAUCACCAGCCUUCUAUUUCUGCUCCAAAGCUCAUUUCUCUGUCUGUCGACGGGAGUCCUUCUGGGCCCAGGCUACCUAUACUAAAGAACAUGACAUCUCUAGAGACGGCGUCAAUCGUACUUGUACGGGGGUUAAUCAGUAAUUGUAAUGCUGAUGAUAUCAAGCAGUUUCUUGGAGAGCUCUCUCAUGUUAGAAGUUUGGACCUCUGUUAUGGCGUCGAAAAGGUGGAGAUUGAAAAGAAUUACAGAUGGUGCCCAACAUUUCGUAAUCUUACAGACCUGACGCUUCAUAGUUGGUGUGUGCAUGGGGAUUUCUAUGCACUGAUAGUCUUCCUUCAGAACUCACCUAGUCUUAAGAAGCUAACUCUUGAACUAAACGAGCAUUGGUAUGAAAAUGGGGUUAUACGUGCAAUCACUGGCGAGCUGGAGGAUAGAUCAUUUACAUGUGAGCAGCUUGAGAUUGUUGAAAUCAUAUGCUCGGAGGGAAAUGAGCUGCUACCUUGGGUGAAUCAGUUCUUGCUUGAUAGUGGCAUAAGGCCUGAUCAGAUGCGUGUCAUUUAUGAGGACUAA